GUCAUUCCCAGCCGGGCUCGGCAACCUCUCAAACCUCCAAACCCUCGGCUUGCACAUAAUCCCUUCUCUCCGGCAACGAUCCCUUCAACCUUCCGCAAUUUGACUCAGCUGGGCGACCUGUGGAUGAGCGAAACUAAUUUGAAGGGCGAGAUCCCUGCAUUCAUAGGAGAGUUGACGGAGAUGUUCCAACUGGACCUAUCCGGGAACUCCCUCAGUGGAAGCAUACCCGCCGGCAUCUGGAGUCUAAAGAAGUUGCGGUACCUUGCUUUGUUUGCAAACAACCUAACUGGAGCGAUCAACAUCGACGGACCAAUUGGCGCCUUGGGGCUGGAAGAGAUCGACGUCUCGAUGAAUCAAUUAAAUGGAUCCAUCCCGGAGGAAUUCGGCAAGCUUCAGAACCUCUCUCUCCUUUUCAUGUCCUACAACCGGUUUUCCGGCGAGAUCACGGAGAGCAUCGGCCUCCUCCCAGUGCUGACCGAUCUCCGGCUCUUCAACAACAGUCUGACCGGGGUUCUACCACCGGAAUUGGGGAAACAUUCCCCACUGUGGAAUGUUGAGGUCCACAAUAACCUGCUCUCUGGCUCGCUGCCAGAGUAUGUCUGUGCAGGCGGAUCUCUGACCUGGAUCAUCGUUUCUAGCAACAAUCUCACCGGCAUCGUGCCUAAGUCUCUCAACAACUGCUCCACCCUUAUCUACAUCGAUAUCCAAAGCAACAGAUUCUCCGGCGACUUCCCCACCGGAAUCUGGUCGGUAGUGAACCUCAUGACGUUGAUCAUGAACGACAACGCCCUCUCCGGCGCCCUGCCAAAUGAACUACCGUCAGAACUUUUCUUCCUGAAUAUCGAGAACAACCGAUUCUCCGGCAACAUUCCAUCAAUGGCCAAGAGUUUGCGGUUUUUUAUAGCAACCAACAACUUACUAUCCGGUAAAAUUCCAGCUGUCUUGACCGGAAUGUCCGAACUCUCGGAGCUACAUCUCGGAGGGAACCUGAUCUCUGGCCAAAUCCCGCCAGGAAUAGAAAAGCUGGAACAUCUGUCUGUUCUGAAUCUCAGCAGCAACCGUCUUGUUGGCGAGAUUCCUGCAGCAAUUGGGUCCUUACAGAAACUCAAGUCACUCGACCUAUCGAUUAACCAACUGUCCGGCUCGAUUCCGUCAGUGAUCGGAGACCUCAUGCUCCCCACGCUCAACCUCUCGUCCAACCGGCUCUCCGGCGAGAUCCCAACCUGCGUAUAA